ACACCAGCGGCGGCAUAGUAACAAACAGUUAACGUGUAUGUUUGUAUGGGUAUGCAUGUGUUUGGUUGUGUCUCUAUACGAUUACUCUUUCGAAGUGAAGCGGUUCAUUGUCAUCAUCAUCAGUCGUUUGUUGUUCGCUGGCUAAAUCGUAUGGUCGUUUGGCAUCGUGUGAGUUUUUUCAAAGAAAGAAUCGGAAAUUCUUUCGAUUUGCAAAUACAAUGGAAUAAAUAAUUCAAAAAUCGAAAAAAACAAAACAAAUUACAAUUAGUGACACACAUUGCCAUUUAGAUAAUUCAACUGCCAAAACAAAUUGUUGAAUAAAAAAAAGUUGCGUUUUUUUUUAUUGUUUAAAUACAAAAAUGUUAAGAUAUUCGUUGAAAUUGCUGAGCAUUCGAAAUUAUUCAAAUACUGAAUUUAUUCAUCCGAGUCACCUUGAAACGGUGAAUGUAUAAAAGGAAAGAAAAAGAACGAAUUUCGAUGUUGGAAUUAAGUUCAGGCCAAUUGUCCAAGUGAAAAAAAAAUGAGUGUACCAUAAAUCAUACGAUUGUAAAGAGAAAAGAACUAGUACAAGCAACGAUCUACAUAUAUUCCAAUAAGAAGUUUAAGUUCAAGUUGAGCUCUCUGGCAUUUGACUCGCUGUGCUAAACGUGUUGUGUGCUACAUUCAGUAAAUCCGUAUGUGCCUUUGUAUUAAAAAAAAUAAGUCUCUCUUUGCUUGAUGAUCUACGUGAAAUGCUCGAUGUACCAACUUUAGUGCCGAAGAAAAAAAUAACGAAAAAAAAUAAGACGAAUCGGGCACACAUAAGUAACCAACGAAACGAUUCGUCAGGCCGUUCGUGUACAUAGUCAUUACCUUUUAUUCAUAUUUACAUUUGAAAAAAAAAACAGAGAGAGACACGACGAUUUCAAUAGCAUAUUAUUUGAUCGGUUGCUUUAUUUGCAUAUAUCGAUUCGAUUUCAUUUCGAUUCUUUGACUCGAUCUGUAUGUGUGGUGUCAGUGACACUUUGGUGCUUUCGAAAUUCAUCACUUAUACCUUAAAAAUAUACACACACCGAAAAUAGAAAUCAAUGCAAAGCAGAACUAUUGCGUUACAAAGUUAAUCUGAAAACCUCGCAUCAAAGAGAUUUUAUAACAGCGAAGACUUAAAAGUAGCAGUUUUUCUUCGGAACAAAAAAAAAAGCAAAUUGGAAAAAAAAACACGAAGCAACAACCAAAAUGGCACAACAAACAGAAGUUGGCGUUCAAGAUUUCGUUUUGUUGGACGAAGUCACGUUGGAGAAAUUCAUGGAAAAUCUGCAUAAGCGGUUUCAAGCGGGCAAAAUAUAUACGUACAUCGGAGAAGUAUGCGUUUCCGUGAAUCCAUACCGUCAAAUGAAUAUUUAUGGACCUGACAAUGUCAAUAAAUACAAGGGUCGUGAACUCUUUGAGAAUUCACCGCAUAUUUUUGCCGUUGCUGAUUCAGCAUACCGAACGCUAAAGCAACGCAAUCGCGAUACAUGCAUUAUGAUAUCCGGUGAAAGUGGCGCCGGCAAGACUGAAGCCUCAAAAAUAAUUAUGAAAUAUAUAGCGGCCGUUACGAAUACCGUUGGCCACAAUGAGAUUGAACGUGUUAAAAAUGUUCUCAUUCAAAGCAAUGCCAUACUGGAAACAUUCGGAAAUGCCAAGACAAACCGGAACGAUAAUUCAAGUCGAUUCGGUAAAUACAUGGACAUUGAAUUUGAUUUCAAAGCAGAUCCAGUUGGUGGUGUGAUUACAAACUAUUUGCUGGAAAAAUCGAGAGUCAUUCAACAACAGCCGGGAGAGAGGAAUUUUCAUAGUUUCUAUCAGCUGCUCCGUGGAUGUUCGGAUAAUGAUUUGAGAAAAUACGGUUUGGUUCGCGAUUAUUCAAAAUACAACUACACACUACAGGGCAGUGAUGAGAUUUUGUCCGAGACUCAGGACUAUAAAGCGACCAUGAGUGCCUUCCGUACGCUGGGCUUUUCUCCCGACGAAAUUUGCUCGAUUUGGCAAAUUGUUGCAGCAAUAUUGCACUUGGGCAAUAUUGCAUUUGAAACUGACGAAGAGAACAUUGUGAUUAAGAAAAAGGAUGCCUUACGACAAGUGGCUCAAUUGCUAAAAGUCACCGAGGACGAGCUGAUGAAAUCAUUGACGCAACGUGUUAUAGCUGCCCGUGGAGAUGUUAUGAUGAAAUCUCAUAAUACAAUACAGGCGGAAUACGGUCGAGAUGCACUGGCAAAGGCAAUCUACGAUCGUCUAUUCACAUGGAUCAUUCAGCGCAUAAAUAAAACGAUUCUAGUACCUGGAACCACGGUUCAUAAGCGAUUCAACAAAGUGAUUGGCGUACUUGAUAUUUACGGUUUCGAGGUAUUCGAUUCUAAUGGCUUUGAACAAUUCUGCAUUAAUUAUUGCAACGAAAAACUGCAACAACUUUUCAUUGAGCUUGUACUUAAGCAAGAGCAAGAGGAGUAUCAACGAGAAGGGAUUGCUUGGACAAAUAUUGACUACUUUAACAAUCAGAUAAUUUGUGAAUUGGUUGAGCAACAGCACAAGGGGAUAAUAUCAAUAAUGGACGAAGCAUGUUUGACGGUGGGCAAUGUGACAGAUGAAACGUUGCUCGAGGCAAUGGACAAAAAAUUGGCUAAACAUCCACACUACUCCAGUCGACAACUGAAACCAAUGGACAAAGAGCUCAAGCACAAAACGGAUUUCCGAAUCACUCACUACGCAGGCGAUGUUAAAUACGAUAUCACCGGAUUCAUUGAGAAAAACAAAGACACAUUGUAUCAAGAUUUCAAGCGAUUGUUAUACCAUUCAAAAGAUACGAAUCUGUCAUCGAUGUGGCCAGAAGGCGCUCAAGAUAUAACAAAAACGACAAAACGUCCAUUGACCGCUGGUACAUUAUUUCAGAAAUCCAUGGUUGACUUGGUGGACACACUUCAAAACCAAGAACCAUUCUAUGUGCGCUGUAUCAAACCAAAUGACAAUAAAGUGGCGACACUUUUCGAUACGGUACGUGUUGAGCAUCAAGUGCGUUAUUUGGGACUCAUUGAGAAUGUACGUGUGCGACGUGCUGGAUUUGUACAUCGUCAACGGUAUGAUAAAUUCUUGCUCCGUUAUAAGAUGAUCAGCGAGUACACGUGGCCCAAUUUCCGCGGCACUCCAAAGGAAGGGGUUGAGGUUUUGAUGGAUGUGCACAAUUUCAAAGACGAUGUAAAAUUCGGACGCACGAAACUUUUCAUUCGAUCGCCAAAAACCCUGUUCGCAUUGGAGCAUAAGCGAAACGAAAUGAUUCCGGUGAUUGUGACAUUUUUGCAAAAGCAAGUUCGCGGUUGGAUUGCUCGCCAGCAAUUCAAACGAAUGGUGGCUGCUGUUACCAUUAUGAGAUAUUAUAGCCAGUACAAGAAGCGAAAGUACAUGGAGGAACUCGCCCAGAAAUUCCGACAUGCAAAGAAUAUGAAAGAUUACGGAAAACAUAUUAUGUGGCCACAACCAUCAUUGGCAAUGCGCCGAGCCGAACCUGGACUCAAAAUGCUGUAUAAUAAAUGGCGCGCAUCGAUGCUACUACGCAAAUUCCCACGCUCCGAAUGGGCUCAACUACGUUUGCAGGUUGUUGCUGCCAGUGCGUUGAAACAACGACGCAAAUUCUGGGGCCAAUCUCGCCGUUGGCUCGGCAACUAUCUGACCAAUCCAACCGAAAAUACCAACUAUUCACAUUAUAAUGCCAGUAUUAAUAAUAUGCGAAAUUCGGACAAUCAUUUUACAAAAGUGUUAUUUUCGUCAUUUGUGAAAAAAUUCAAUCGCAACAACAAGAGUGCUGACCGCGCUCUUAUUUUAACCGAAACAACCGUAUACAAAUUGGACGGCUAUAAAAACAAAUUCAAAAAUAUGUCGCGAACCAUUGAAAUUAAAGAUUUGCUAGGAAUUAGCGUGAGUCCAGGAAAAGACCAACUGAUUGUGUUCCUCUCGCCGAAGGAGAAUGACUUGGUGGUGGCUUUACAGGGAGAAGAUAACUCAUUGAAAGAGGACCGAAUCGGCGAAUUGGUAGCACUCGUUGCAAAACGAUUCUUUGAGAUCAACCGAGCUGAUAUUCCCGUAUUCGUGGGAUCAACAAUUUCGUGUAAAUUAGGGCAAAAGCCACGAACCAUAACCAUCGAAGGUGUCACUGGCAUUGAGCAACCGAUAUUCAAACAUUCAGGCAAUACAAUCAUCUUUGAAGUUCCAUCUGCUUAUUGUAAUUCUAUUUAAAUUGUAUUUUUUCUUCUGUAUAAAUGAGACGCAACCUGUCACAUUUGAAUUUUUUUUACAACGAAUUUGAAACUACGAAUAGUCAAUAGUCCGUUCAACUAUUGAAACAAACGAACACAACUACACAAAACAAAUUAUCCUAUUCAAUUAAUGCUUUACAUUUUUUUUCUUCGUUUUUUAAGUUAAUGUAUAAAUCAGCAACAAUUGUGAGAAUUUGAAAUAAAGUUUAGCAGAUGAACAUUUUUAAAUUUAUUAAUAUUGCUACAUCGAAAUCUAAUUGUACUUAAAUAUUCUAUUUAAGAGAUACAAAACAAUGAUAAAAAAAUAAAUAAAUCGUGUAUUCAAAUUGAAA